AUGUAUAUGGCUAAUGUUGAUGAUGUAAGCUACAGACUGGUUGCACUUUAUACGCCAUUAAGAGAUGAUGGAGUUGAGGGGCAAUCUGUGUCAACAGAGCUGAUUGCAGUUGAGCCUGAUGUUCUUAAAGAAGUGAAGCAGAUGCUUGAUCUUGGAUCUGUGAAAUUUGAGGCACUGUGCAACAAGGAUCGAUCUUCUAAAAAGGCACUUUUCUUAGUAUUCUUCCUGAUUUACUACACGGCUUUUGUAUUAUCAAGAAAGGCAGAAAACAAUCGAAAGAGGAUCAAGGUUGUGAUUUCAUUCCCAACAACGGAAAUUCGUGGAACUUAUGCUCCUCCUUUUCAUGUAGAGCUGUUCAGAGACGAUCAACAUGGUCUUAAAAUUGUUGUAGACAGUGAAAACGAAGUGGACUUAAUGGUGCAGACGAGGCACCUGCGUGAUGUCAUUGUCCUAGUCAUCCAAGGCCUUGCUCAGAGAUUCAACAGUACAUCGCUUAAUACUCUCCUCAAAAUAGACACAUAA